AUGGAAAAACAUUCAUCUGAUUAUCCAACCUCCAUCAUGGAUCUGUCAGAUGAUUGCCUCUCUACUAUUUUUGAAUUUCUUGACUGUAAUUUAGAUCGUGAAGAAUUUGGGUUGACUUGUCAUCGCUGGCUUAAAAUUCAAAAUAUGGGCUGCAGAUCCUUACAAUUCCGUUCCUCAUGCACUAUUUUCGACCUUUCAUCAUCGUCUCAGAGCACUGUUGUUAUUGAUGGCUACCAUAUUAAUAGGCUACUCACUCGUUUUCAGCAUUUACAUAACUUGGCAUUUUCUGGCUGUAAUGAGCUACCUGAUUCAGCCCUUGUCCCGUUAAAACUUUACGGUUCAAAGUUGAACUCUCUACAUCUGGAUUGCUGUUUUGGACUCACAGAUAACGGACUUUCGCUGGUUACUACCAGCUGUCCCUCUUUAACAGUUAUUAGUCUUUCUCCAUGCAAUAUUACUGAUGUUGGGCUGGAAACUUUAGCUAAUGCUUAUCCAGCUCUGAAGGAAAUAAAUCUUUCAUACUGUCCUUUUGUUUCUGAUUGUGGAUUGAAAUCCAUUUCUCAAAGGUGCUCUCAACUUCAGGCAGUUAAGAUAUCCCAUUGCAUGGGCAUAACUGGUAUUGGCUUUGAAGGGUGUUCUCCGGCUUUAACUUAUAUAGAUGCCGAGUUUUGUAACCUUGAAUCAAAAGGUAUCGCAGGAAUUAUUAGUGGAGGUGGACUCGAGUUUUUAGACGUUUCUAAUAUAAGCUGGGGGAUCAAGGGAGAUGGUUUGGCAGUUGUUGGUUCAGGUUUUGCCCAAAGGCUUAAAUUUCUUAACCUUCGGAUGUGCAUUUUUAUUGGCGAUGAGUCCAUAAUGGCAAUUGCAAAGGGGUGCCCGUUACUCCAAGAAUGGAAUGUGGCACAGUGUCAUGGAAUUAAAAUUUCAGGAUGGGAGUCUAUUGGGGUUAAUUGCAAUAAACUGGAGAAACUCCAUGUGAAUCGAUGCAAUAAUUUGUGCGAUGGUGAGUUUCAGGCUUUGAGAGAGGGUUGCAAAAGGCUCCGUGUGUUAUAUAUCAGUAGAUAUCGUCGAGUAUCCGAUAAUGCAAUAAAGUUGUUCAAGCUGUGUAGAGGUAAUGUUGAGUUAAGGGAAGAGGAGAGAAUGUAUAUAGGUCCGCGCGGACAGUUUAGUGAUAUUGGGUGGAUUCACAUGCCCUUUUGACGGAGGGAACACUUGGACUCGGCUUCUGAUAAGCGUCAGGAAGGUAGAAGUUGGUUGGAGUCAUUUGUGUCUGACAAUACCGGUGUCUGACAAUAUUGGUGUCCGAUAGGAGCGAUUUGAUUAUUCGUGCAAGCUGUAGUAGAUUCUAAUGGCAAUUAGAUUGUUAGAUUCGUCGGCAGUGUUCGGUUUUGAUGACUGAUGUAUGGGGGCAUAAGGGAAUGUGGUUUUAGACUUAGGCUUAUAAAUUCAAUUAAAAUACUUAACAGCUCAUUCUCAGCUUUCCGGAGAUUUUCGCCCGAGGUAAAUACUGUAGUUUAAAUUGCAUAUUGCAGUUGCAGCAUCCAGCAACUGCUGAACUCAUGAGUAAUGUAUUAUUGAAAAGAGAAGCUUAGGAAUGUGAAUAGACUAUAGGGAGGCAAAUGAAGCUGCAGAUUUCAUUUCAGGGGUGUUGCUCUUAAUGAAGCUGAAGCCCUUGUUGUUGGCUCUUUUAGAUUAUUAAUUAAUCAAUUAUUAAUUUUUA